CAUCACCUGCAGUACAUGGUCCACCUGUACCAGCGGUCAGCAGAUCAGUUGGGCAAACCCCGAGCCAACAGGACUCUGACCACCAACACCAUCCGCUUGCUCAAGCCUUGUGCCAGUUUAGUGCUGCCCAGCACAGGUCCUUGGUACACCCACUACGUUCAAUACAAUUUGAAGCAUCUUCCUGAGCUGGAGCAUCUAGUUAAAGUUGCAGUUGUUUACUUGUACAAGAAUGCUAUGAUUUCCUGUGAGAUCAGAUGUGUCCCUGCAACCUACGCUCACUCGAAGCUCCUUCAGAAUGCCACCAGCUUGGAGUUGCCGAUCAGGCUCGAAGUAAAGCUGAACAACCGUUGGUCGGAGGCUGACGUGACCUCUUGUGUCCUCUUCCCAAACAGGAAUAAUGCCUGGAAGCUAGACCUGCACAUCAGUUACAUGUGUACCAAACAAGGAAAAAACAGUCGAGGCAAGAAGCGGAAAGUCCCCUUCCACUUGCCGGUCCCUUCCCUUCUGUUGUUCCUCAAUGACACCGACGAGGCUGCUCAUCAAAGGAAAAGGGGCGAGGACAGCCAGAUCCCCGUUAUUCCCAAAUCCAAGAUCCUCUCCCGGAAGCCUCGCCAGUUGAGCAACAUUGGCUCCGACAUCCCAAAUUAUCUCCGUAAGAAGAAUCUCCCCCGAAACCAAUGCAAGCUUCGUUCCUUCCUGGUAAGCUUCCAACAGCUGGGUUGGGAUCACUGGAUUAUAGCUCCCCCCAAGUAUGAUCCCAAAUUUUGCAAGGGAGCCUGCCCUCGAAUCCUUCACUACGGGUACCACUCACCCAAUCACGCCAUUGUCCAGACCUUCAUCAAUGAGAUUAUUGAUAAGAACGUCCCCCGCCCAUCGUGCGUCCCCUUGAAAUACAACCCGAUCAGUGUCCUCCUGAAAGAGAAUGACCAGAUUGUGUACAAGGAGUACGAGGACAUGAUCGCAGUGUCCUGCACAUGCAAGUGA